AUGGCCUACUUCAAUCCAGUGCCCAAACUCUACAGAUCUGUAAUUGAAGAUGUAAUUGAAGGAGUGCGGGAACUAUUUGCCGAAGAAGGCAUCGAAGAACAAGUUUUAAAAGACUUGAAGCAGCUCUGGGAAACCAAAGUUUUGCAAUCUAAAGCAACAGAAGACUUCUUCAGAAAUAACAUCCAUUCACCUUUGUUCACUCUUCAAAUGCCACACAACUUUCACCAAACGUUGCAACCCACAGCAUCAUUAGUUAUUCCUGCUGGUAGAACCCUUCCAAGUUUUGUCCCAGCAGAACUGGGUACCUCGGGCUCCAGUGCCAACUUUGCUUUUCCUGGCUAUCCUAUUCAUGUACCAGCAGGUGUGACGCUGCAGACUCCAUCUGGUCACCUUUAUAAGGUGAAUGUACCAAUUAUGGUGACCCAGACUUCAGGAAGAACAGGCGUUGUCCAGCCUCCUGUCCAGCAAGUGUUUCAGCAACUGGGGCAGCCUUCCAUCAUACAGACCAGUAUCCCACGGCCAAAUCCAUGUUCUAUCCAAGCCACUCCUGACAAGCAACAGAGAGUGGAAACUGUGCUGCAUCAACCCACAAUUCUCCAUUCUGUUCCUAUAGAUAGGAAACAACUAGAAACCACCACCAGCAGUCUCCUUGUAUCUCCUGGCAAUGAGCAUAAAGUCAGGUCUGAAGCUUUUCUGAGUCAGCAGGAAAGCUCCCAGUAUAUGGGUCUUCGAGGUCCUGGAUUUCCUUCGCAAGUGUCUCAAACAGAUUCUAAGGUGGAGCCAGUACUCAGAGUGUCAGCUAACAUGACACAAAACCUACAUGGCGGGCUCUCCCUGGGCCCCCCUGGGGCUCCCUGCCACUAUGUGACUGACGCCAGGCUUUAUGGUAUUAACAGUAGGAUGUAUGGAUGCGACUCUAUAACACAGCCAAGAAAAGUAGAGGCGGCCGGCGGCUUACCUGUAUCGGAGAAGAAUUCACCUUCUCAGAUGAAUUUGAGCAUUCGGGUAGCUGAUGAUGAUGUUAAUGAAAUAAUUCAAAUAGAUGGGACUGGUGAUAUGUCUUCUACCGAAGAAAUAAAAAGUAUACGAGAGGUCGACAAUGAAUUUCUGGGGGUUAUUGACACAGGAGAUCUAAAGGUGCUUGAAGAAGAAGCAGACAGUGUAUCCAAUGAAGAGUCCACUACAAACAGUAGUGAUAAUGAAGACUCUCAGAUAGACGUCAUGGAGGAGGAUCCUCUAAAUUCAGGAGAUGACGCUAGUGAGCAGGAUGUGCCAGACCUGUUUGACACGGAUAAUGUAAUUGUCUGUCAGUAUGAUAAGAUUCAUCGAAGCAAGAACAAAUGGAAAUUCUAUUUGAAAGAUGGUGUUAUGUGUUUUGGAGGGAGAGACUAUGUAUUUGCAAAAGCCAUUGGUGAUGCAGAGUGGUAA